UUUGAAAAUGAAAAUGUAAUUAGAGCACCAAGUUCAGGAGAGAAAUCCCUAAGCCUAGGCAGAACCCAAAAACGAAGAGUCCAAAUAAUAAUCCCCAAUUAAGUAAGCAGUCGGAGAAAAGCAGCUCAGAAAUGGAGACGGCGGAGAACGGCGGCGAUAAUGAUAAAAUCCUCAUAAACAGCCACUGGUAUUGGGCCAUAGCAAGUGUAUCCCAGUUGGGUUGGGCAGUAUCUUCUUAUCGGAGAGGUUAUACCGGCGACCAUCGUUUCAUGCCCUUAAAAGCCUUUGCCGUAGCUUCUCUGUUCCUUGGCGCCUCCGCCUCUGCAUCCGUCGCUUUCCUAAAAGCCUCCGGCAUUCACAAAGUCGAAGAUCUGAUGGGUGUGGGUGCUAGCAUAAGAAGUGGACUUGGAAUUCGGCCGAGGACAGGCGACAAAUGAGUCCCUUUUUUGCCCUUUCUGUUUUCAAGGUCUUUUCUAGUUUACAUCUUUCUUCGAUUUAUUUUUUUCAGUUUGGAAAAUCUAUAAUCUUUAUCAUAAUAAUCAAACAAUUAGCUUUUAGACUCUCAAUCUCUGUCAUUCAGUCUCAAUAACUAAAUUGUUAAGAGACUUGAGGAUAGCUUGUAAUGGAAAGGACAUGUCUAAUACUCAACCCUAACCUGAUAGAAAAAAUGUAAUCCAGUGCUGAACAUAGAAUUGCAAUGGCAACCUUAACAAAUUGCUUCAAAAAUUAUUUAGAAUCAUAUGCAAUUUAGCUGUCUGUUGAACUGUUUCAUAUAUACUAUUGGAGCACCCAAAUCAUAGAAGACCUAGCUAGCACCGCCUGGCGCUGUGUAGUCUCCUUCCUCUGGUGGAGGCUCUCCCGUAAAUGCUCUCUCUUUUUGUUUUCCAUGCCUUCUGGUCUUUGUGGUGUUGCCGGCUGCCGCUUGAGGUCUCAUAUUGUUGCUGGAAGAUGGUUUUGGACUAGCAUGAUGUCACUCUGUUGAAGAGCUUUACACGCCUUCUUGCCUUGGAUGUGAAAAGCCUUUGGUUUUGGUUCUCAAAUGCAUUUGGAUUUCAUACUGAAUGACUGCACCCUUGGGGAUUUGAUAUCCUCUCCUCCUUGAGGAAAUCGAUUUGUCUUCUUUUUUGGGUUUUUCUUUGGCGACCUUUGGUGUCUUGUUUGGGUAUGGCUUCUCUGUUUAGAGAAGUGUUCGUACCCAUUGCCGAGGGGGUCUUUCCCUGGGCUGAUUUUCUUUUGAGAUUGUUUCUUGUCCUUUCGAGAUGCUUUGCCCAUGUUGCUAGCUAAUAUGUUAAAAUCCAUGUUACUUGAAUUCAAAGGUAGAUCUCAGAAUAUAAAUACAUUUAUAACAUGAAUAUUGCUCAACUUGUUUCUAAA